AUGGACACUCCCAUUGAUACUGUCAAGGAAGCAAAGAGACAUACGCACACCUACAGCUUUUUUCGAGAGCCGUUAACCGCAUUAGAGGGUUUGAGUUCGUUAAUGACCGCUUUCUGCUUGAAGAACUUCACGGACAAUUAUGGGAAUAUUUUGACUUUGUUAGAAACCGUGGUUGAUACUCCUGCUUUGCAAACUUUGAUGCAAUUCUAUGAUCCUGAAAUGAGGUGUUUCACGUUCCAGGAUUACCUGUUGGCUCCGACAUUGGAAGAGUAUUCUAUCAUUCUUAAUCUCAGGGUAAAAGACGAAGUGCCAUUCAUCGACGUUCCUAAAGAAGUGAAUUUCAAGUUGAUCGCUGCUGCUCUUUAUUUGAGCAUAAAGGUAGUAUCUGAUAAUUGGAAGUCAAAUGGAGGUGUCUCGGGGUUCUCUUUGAAGUUCUUGGUGAGAAAAGCUAAAGAGGAAUUUGAGAAAAAGAAUUGGAAUGCGUAUAAAUCCAUUGCUUGCUACUCGGCCGCGGUACACAUCUUCAUAGGGAGGAAUCCUAUUCCCACAUUGUUGGCCGAUACAUAUUAUGCCAUUCAUUCUCGAUAUGAGAAAAGUGGUGGUGCCAUCACUUGUUGCCUUCAGUUGUUGUUCAUCUGGUUUCUCUCUUUGUUGCCCAGCAAAGGACCAUUCGUGAAGACAAAGGAUACACUCAAGUGGACACACAGGAUUAUGUCACUUACUUCUUACGAUAUUCAGUGGCAAAGGUACCGAAUUAAUGUUUCCGAGGUGAUAGUUGGGUGUGGGGAGUUUGACAAUGUUCCCUUGAUUGGUACUAGAAGUUGCAUCAAUUACAAUCUCGUGGUAUCCUUGCGUCAGUUGGGGUAUACUUUAAAGGACAAACCGGCAAAUCAUUUGGUAGCGGAGACGGUUUAUUUUGAGAAGGGGUCGGAUCCAGAAAAAUUGAAGAGGAUAAUUGUGGCUUGGAAGAAAAUCCGUAAGCAUUAUGGAGCCCAUCUAGGAAAGAAAUAA